AUGUUACGACAUCGACGUUUUCUAUUAAUUUUAAAUCUUAGUCUUUCAUGUUUUCUUAUCAUUUUUUUAAUACUACAAAGCAAUGAACAAAAUCCGGCAUUAAUUAAUUAUUGUCUUAUAAAUAAUAUAACAUCAAGUAAAGAAUUUUAUACAAAUUUAGUUUAUAUUCCAACAUUAAAUAUUCUUUUUUGUGAUGUUCCCAAAGCUGCAUCAACAAAUCUUCGACGUCUUCUUUAUCGAUAUUUAAAUCCAUCGAAUUCAUUUACAAAUCUUGAUAGAAAACAAAUAUGGCUUGAUCAUAAAGAUUUUUUUAAAAAAUAUUAUUUAACAAAAACUAAUUUUGAAUUUAUAUUAAAUAAUUCUAAUAGAAAUUUAUUUAAAUUUCUUCUUGUUCGUCAUCCAUUUCAACGUAUUUAUUCAGUUUAUUAUGAUAAAUUUGUUAAUAAUCAUAUUGAGGAUACUUUAUCUGGUUGGAAACAAUUAGAAGAAGAUAUUUUAUUACAAAUGAAUACGAAUCAAACAUUAUUAACAAUAAGAAGAAAUGAUAUUAAAUUAGAUUUUCGUACAUUUCUUUUAUAUAUUAUUGAUUCAAUUAAAAGAAAUCAAUUAAUUAAUAGUCAUUGGGAACAAAUUGUUCAACGAUGUGCAUUUUGUUCAAUUAAUUACAAUUUUAUUGGUAAAAUAGAAAAUUUUCAUCAAGAUAAAAAAUUUCUAUUAAAAAAAUUAAAUCAAAAUUCCAAUAAAAUUAUUUUAAAAUUUCCAUCGAAAGAAAUUGAUAAACAACCCAAAAAACAAAUUUUAUUAUAUGAUUCUCAAUUAAUUCAAUUUUUUCGAGAUACAAUUCAAAAUGAUGAUGGUUUUGAAAUUUUAAUUGAUUAUUAUAAACCAGAUUUUCAAUUAUUUAAUUAUGAAAUACCAAAUUUAUAA